AUAUCACUCAUCAUCACAACAAAGUCUUCUCCUUCCCUCUGUUUCUCGUUAGAAAGUAAUGGCAAGAAUCACUAGCUUUCUCCUUCUUUCUCUCCUUUGUUUUCUCCCUCUCUGUCUCUGCCACAAGGGCUAUGGAGGCAAACUCUUCCCAGGCUUUUACGCCCGGUCAUGCCCGCAAGCCGAGGAGAUCGUGAGAUCAGUUGUAGCCAAAGCUGUUGCUAGAGAGACCCGUAUGGCUGCUUCCUUGCUGAGACUUCAUUUCCACGACUGUUUCGUUCAGGGUUGUGAUGGCUCUCUGCUUCUAGACAGCAGUGGGGGGAUAGUGAGUGAGAAAAGCUCGAACCCUAACAGCAAAUCAGCUCGUGGAUUCGAGGUAGUUGACCAGAUUAAAGCUCAAUUGGAGAAAGAGUGCCCUGGAAUUGUCUCUUGCGCUGAUGUUCUAACCCUAGCCGCUAGAGACUCAACUGUUAUUUCUGGUGGACCAAGCUGGGUGGUUCCUUUGGGAAGAAGAGAUUCAAGAAGUGCAAGCUUGAGUGGUUCAAACAACAACAUCCCUGCACCAAACAACACUUUUCAGACAAUACUCUCAAGGUUUAACCGUCAAGGACUCGAUGUCACCGACCUUGUCGCUCUCUCCGGAAGUCACACCAUCGGAUUCUCGAGAUGCACGAGUUUCAGACAGAGGCUGUACAAUCAGAACGGAGACGGCCGUCCAGACAUGACACUGGAACAAUCUUUCGCUGCUAACUUGCGUCAAAGGUGUCCAAGAUCCGGAGGAGACCAGAUUCUCUCGAAGCUGGACAUGGUCAGCGCGGCGAGAUUCGACAACAGCUACUUCAGGAACUUGGUACAGAACAUGGGUUUGUUGAAUUCGGACCAGGUUCUGUUCAGCAGUAACGAUCAAUCGAGAGAGCUUGUAAAGAAGUAUGCAGAGGAUCAAGGAGAAUUCUUUAGGCAGUUUGCGCAGUCGAUGAUCAAGAUGGGAAAUAUCUCUCCUUUGACGGGUUCGAGUGGCGAAAUCAGGAAGAACUGCAGGAAGAUUAACUCUUGAAUUCGUUAAUGUUGAGGAGGAUAUAGAAAUAAUUAAAAAUAUAUUUUGGGAGGGAAGAAAUGUGUGACACUUGCUUUACUUUGCUGUUUGUUGUUUUACAUUAUGUCAUUUGAAGUUUUAUGUUGUGUUAUUCUGCUUUGUGAUAAGAUAAAUUUGAGAGUUAAGUU